AUGGGCGCGUUGAGCCAGCUCGGGGAAGAGCUUGUUGAUGUUGACGCCCGCCUUGAGACGGAGGGCCUCCGGCUGGCGGACGAGUGGCAUCAAUUCAAGGUGGCCAUCAACCUUGGGCGUCUUCAACGCGAGCGUGCCAGUGCGAAGGCCGAGUCGUCCCUUGCGGCCUCGCGCGAGGCCAGUGCCCGGGCCUUGGAGGAAGCCAGGGAGGCUGAUCGCCGCCGCGAGGCUGCCAAGGAGCGCGCACGAGAGCUCCAGGCCCUGAACGCCAUCCUCGAGCAACAAGUUGAGGCUCGGAAGGCUAUCUUGGCGUCGAUGAGGGGAGUGCCUUCCGAAGAGAAGGAGAUCUCGAAGCGCGAGGAAGUGCUGAUGCUGGAGGCCUCGGAGGGCAGCCUCGAGCUUGAACGGUUGGAGAAGAGGGAGCGCCAGGUCGCCCAGGCUGAGGACACCGUCAGCGUGCGUGAAGCCGGGAUCCAGGAGGAGGUUGACCGUACGGUGGCGAAGACUCGCGCAAAUCUUGCCAACAGACACUACCUGAAGCUGAAACUCCUGGAGGCCAAAGCUGAGGGCAGAACCACCACCCUCAGGUCAAGGCUGGAUGAAGCGGAGCAGCGUGAGAAGGCUGCUAUGGUGUCCCUGAUCUUUGUCCAGGCUUACCUGGCCUCCGCUCAUGCUGAUCUGCCCUCGCUCCAGCAACAGGUUGAUGGCGCCGCGUCUCUCGCGUAG